AUGGACCUCAAUGACGUUCACGUUCUGCAGAGAAGGCCACUGAUGGGCAGGGCCGGUGUUUUCGUCACGGGCAUCGCCAACUCGGCCACAAACGCUGCUUCAGACGGAGACGGUCUGCCAAAUCUCAACCUCAGUAAUGGCACCUGCUAUUCCACGCCCGGAAAACAAAUGGACAGCCGCUUUAUUCCCUGUGGCAACGCCGCCGCUGGGAUCCAGACCUGCUGCUGGGAGGGCGACAACUGUCUGUCCGACAAAGCCUGCUUCGGCAUCCACGACGGCGGCUACAGCACGUACUUGGCCGGCUGCACCGACGCCGAAUGGGACAUGAGCGAUCCUGGUGUCAGCGCUGCCUGUCCAGUCAAACCAGAACCGUACGGCUCAGAGCCAUGGGUUGGCCUGGCCUACUGUGGCAACAACGAAACCGGACACAACCAGUGGAUCCCGUGCCCGCAAGCCGACUCGCCGACAACGAUGCGCUCCCCGGGCCCCUGCCCUGCCGACGAGUCCCGGCGGGAGCAUUAUGUGGUUCCCGCCGUACUCGCCGACGUACGCAGUGACGGCGACCGAUGCGUUGGGGGGAAAGGGAGGAUCAUCGUCAUCAGGCGGGCCACCAAAAUCAACAUCCAGCACGCCUACGCACAAAACAUCUUCUACACUGUCCACGUCACCAUCCGCGUUACAAUCCACGAUACCAUCCACAUCUCCUUUAAAGUCAACAUCGACAUCACCUUUGAAAGCAACAUCGGUAUCACCAUCCACAUCAUCAUUACCAUCACCACCCACGUCACCACCCACGCCAUCAUCCACAUCAUCACCCACGUCACCCUCCACAUCUCCCUCCACAUCAACCACCAAGAACACAUCCCUUAUUGUUGGCACCAGCUCGAAGGGGCGGUUGGCGGCAACGGGGCACCGGCCGGAUUUGGUGGCGGCUAUAUGGAUGGAAAGCCGACAACUGGCGCCGACUUCAAAUCGAGGGGGGCAUCGACUUUUCCCGAUACGUAUAUGUCCAUGGCGGUUCCGGAGCUGGAGAAUCGGCCGGCAAGGCCCUGGUCUCUGCGGUCAGAGCUGGACGGUGCAACUGCUACCGCACCGAUCACCAACAAGACAUCUACCCGGUUCAGUAUUGGCACAUUGCUGUCUUCGCCGCCGGCCUCGCCUCCGCCGAUGGGAGAUUUGUACGAGAGUUCGACGCCAAUGGUUGGAACAGAGGCAGCCAACAUCGAGGAGCGCCGACUGUUGCGACACUUGUAG